ACCGGUGACCCCGCCCCAAUCAGUGUGGCUCCCGCUCUUAAUUAGCGGCUCUUCUGGCUGCAGGACGCUGCUCCAGGCCUCCGCCGACACCCGUGGAUAAGUAGCUGCAGCGGCCGGGCAUGAGAACGCUGUCUUCGGCUGUGACCAUGGCCAGGACUGGGUUCUGCGACACCAAGCCUCUGCUGGACUUACACAAGAAGGCGGAUGAAAGGCGUGCCCCACUAAGAACCUGGGCUAACGCCUCUGGGCCUAUAGAUCAUUGGCAGCCUGUAGAAGCAGACGAGUCCAGGAUGAACCUGGUCAAAAUGGAACCAGAACGCAGAUGGGAAAGGAGGCUAUCAUUGCAAACCAGUGAAGGCAUCAUCAUGGGGUUUCAUGAGGACAGUAGGACAUGGUCCCCUGGUAAAGUAAUUGAUGGGUGUGUAGAAGAGCCUGUGCUUCUUUACCCUCAUGGCCUGCAGGGUCUUCCUAGCCUACAGGUGCUGGUUCCCAGCUUGUUGCGCCAUGAAGUAGAGAAAGCACUAGAGAAACUAGACCUCAUAUGGGACCGGACAUAUGCCUGGGAGAUGUUUUUGGACAUGAUGAGAACCCAAACACACAACUGUCUUCCCAGUGCAGACCUCCCCAGGUAUUUUACUGACGCCACUCGAGCUAUUCUGGUGGACUGGCUCAUUCAGGUUCAUGAGAUCAUGCACUUUCAAGAUGAGACCCUCUAUCUGGCCAUACACCUCCUCAACUGCUCCCUGCGACUGAUCAAGGUGACCACAGCCAACCUGCAGCUCCUUGGCAUGGUUUGUCUCUUCAUUGCUGCCAAGAAAGAAGAGUGUCUCCUCCCUGAGGUGUCUGGACUCUGCUCCUUGAUGGACCACACCUACACUAAACAUCAGCUUCUGCGAAUGGAACGCAAAGUCCUCUCUGGCCUCAAGUUUGAGCUGUCCUAUUCCCCACCUCUGCAUUUCCUCCUCCUCUUCGCCUCUAUUGCUCGCUGCAGUGCCAUGGUGACCUGGAUGGCUCGUUAUCUGCUGGAGCUGUCGCUCCUGGAGGGCCAUUGUGUGGUGUUUCUACCAGCUCAGCUGGCUGGAGCAGCCCUCUGUUUGGCCCGCCAAGUCCUGCAGGAGCCUCCUACACCAGAGGGGGAGGCCGCCUGGUGUUUGGUGUCCAGCAUCCAUGUUGGCAGUGAGGCUACUCUUCUGAAGAUCAUGCAUAUUCUCGCCAGUGUUGCUGCCAAGGCUCACACUCGAGAAACCCGUGCUACCUUUCUUAAAUUUUCGUGCCCAGAAACCAUGCAGGUCAGCAGACACCCAGGACUGAAAAACGCCUCCAGUCUACUGGGUGUAUGAAGUUGACAUACCUGAUUUGAAACAACUUAAUUAUAUACUUCAAAGAAGCAUUCAAAAGUGCUGAACUAGUACAAACUAGUUACAGUACACUAGUAUAACUUGAGAACUGGAUUCCUUUGAGGCAAAGCCUCUAGCCAAAGCAGUAUCAUCUUGGCUAUGGAUCCUGGAGAGUUGACAAGUAAUUGGGUGAAGAACAAGUAAGAUUUGUUGCCAGGC